AUUUGCCACUUCUUGGUCACAUGACUGUACAUCCGCUCUGUGACUGUUGCUGUUUGGCAGCUAUGACAACGAACUUUGAAAUUUGGAUGAAUGGCUUCAACGAAGAAGAAGCUCUCCUUCUCUAAAGUGCAUCAAAGGUCUCUGAAAUGUACCGUAUACUUGGACAUUCAGAAAGUCACAUGUCCAGGAGUGCUCCUGUCUAAAAAGAACGAUAUCUACCUCAGCGUGUGUAUCAUGGGUCAGUACAGGAAGACUCCCUGUUUGCCACCUGUGUUCCCUUUACUCUUCCACCACAAAAUGGUAUUUGUCAAGACUUUCCCCGGCAUUGUUGACCCUGCUGAUGUAGCUGACCUCCUCGAAGCUGACACAACAUCUUUUGAGCUGAUUCAGUUGGUGCCUCCAGAGGGUGAGAUCCUAGCCACGAUGGAGGAAAGCAGCAGAGAUUUCCUGUACCCUGGUCCCAGACUGAGCUCCAGAGAAGGAGCUGCAGAGAGAGAGAUACUGUUGAGGAGAUCCUCCUCAUUUCCUGGAAUCUCCCCCAAAGUGGAGUUUGCCACGACAUCAGUCAUAGAAGUGAGUGAUGGGAGAGAAAGCUGGCCUGCCUCACCUACCCUGCACCCCCAGACUUGCUGUCUUUCUCCAGUGAGGCCAUCUUUAACCCCAUGCAGAGAGAGUUCAGCAAAAAAGUCUUCACGAUCUAGCAGGCAUUUUUCCAAAAUAGAUGAUGCGAACUGUGUCUCUUCGAAAGGUGGGAAGGAAAAGCUAAAUGUUGAAGCUAGAUUUACAAACUCUGCUCCGUCCUCAACAUCCAGACGCUCCCCUUCUUCAUCUCCAUCUGGCCACAGUCCCCAGAAAAACAGGAAGGAAAGAAAACGCGUUUCUCCCAGAGUUUCUGUCAACUCUGGCUACCAGCAGCCUACAGUUUCCUCAAGGACACGAGCCUUGUCCCCGUACACCAACCGCAAGAUGUGCCAACUUUCAGAGGACGCCCGGCAGAGGCUCAGCCAUCUCCAGCUGGGGCCUCACCACUUCAGGAAGGAGACUGAGAGCCAGCCACCCUUCUUGGUCUCUCUUUGCAGUAGUGUCUCUGGGUUGGGAACUCCUUCCUCCUCUCCACAGAAUGGUAGUAUGAAUCGAUACUCAGAUUCUUCUCUCCUGGGGAGUUACAGACCAAGAACAACCAGAAUGAAGUCAGGUUCUGUGAGGGUCCAGCCAUCUCCAGAGACACAGUCCAGACUUGAAGCCCAGACCAAAAGCCCUGCCUUAGCUCAGUCCACCCUGAACAUGUCAAACUCCAUAAGUCCUCUGAAUUCCCUCAGAGAAAGGUUCCAGACCAGUCAGCCCAGUCCAUCCUACUGGGAGCAGAUCCACAGCCGAGUCCAGCGGAUUCUGCAGACACACAAAACCACCUGGGACCACCAAGUGAUCUUUUGAACUUUUAAUUUACCAAUCUGCCCAAAAGGUGACCAAACAACCGAGUUUACAAUACAAAGACUAUUCACUGUUAAACCAGUCACUAAUAAUGCAUACUUUCAAUUCAAAGUUAAAAGCAGAUAUUGACUUUAACCUGCCAUAUGUCUGAAGGAGUGAAUUCACACACACACACACCUUUUUAACCUAACGAUUUUAUCAUUCAGUGAGUUGAACCAUCUCUCACACAUGUAUCUUCAUUUAUCUCCCUUUGAUGUUCAUUUAAAUUUCAAACCAUCCUAAGCGCCUGCUGAGCCGUGUUUGUCAUCGUUAGUCUUUGAAAAGGCAGGAAAUUUGCAGGGGUUACAUUCAAAAGCAUAGCAGCCCUGCUUCCCUCCCACCCAUCAGCUGGGCUUUUUUUUUUUUUUUUUUUUUUUUUUUAAACGCCCCGAUGGUGAAACCAAGCAGAGACGUCGUGAAAUUUCUCUAAAACUGUGUGUGAAAUUGGCAGGGUAUAAAGAAGUAACAUUUUGUGUGUGUAUGGGAAGGAGACACGGUAGACGUAAGCUGCAGCUGUUAAGGGCUCAUCUCUCGCAACACAAAGAAAAGCAGAGCCAGCAGCUACAAGAGACUGAAGAGAUUUGAGAGAGAAAGACAGAGAGAGAGAGAGAGAGAGAGAGAGAGAGAGAGAACAAAAGUAAUCCUGAAUGAAAGAGCAGGAGACAAAGGAAUUUAGCCUUAACGUAUAUUAAGACGGUCAUUCAGAUUAGUGUUACAUUGAAAUGUCUUGAACAUUGAAAAUGAAAACUGUAUGUAGCGUUUGUAUGUAUUCUUUAUAAUAAUAUAACACUUCAUCUGUGUGAUUUUAUUCAACCACAGAAGCUGAAUUACAUCUUUUAAUCAAUGCUAAUAAAAUGAAAUGCAGCUUUGAUGCAGUGGGUACACUAAAUGUGCAGCCAGGAGGUAUUCCUCUCUUUGACUCAGAUUGACCAUGUGUCCAUAUCUACUCACAGGCAGAGGAGAAAUGUCCCAUCUCUUAUUACAGACAGAAGUUAGAGUGCAAAAAAUGUUUUCUCGCAAAGUCUACACAAUAGGUGUAUCUCUUAACUUCUGACAGUCUGUAAAUGUGUUUUUCGCUGAAUCUUAACAGAGACAGUAAAAUAUGUCCGGGUAUACUACAUGUACUUCUGUUCACAACUGCUUCGAUGUCUUUAUUACUGGGGACAGCAUUUUCUUUUCUUUUUAAAUGUUCUGAAAUCAUGACAUAAUUUAACUUCCACAAGCCCAGUCUGCAUUUUCGGGUUAAGGUAGCUCAAUUUGAAAAUUCAUAUACAGACCCAUUAAAAAAAAAAAAGUGACAGUAUUACACUGCAAAUUAUGUUUAAAAUGAUUCAAUUAUAAAUUGAGUUUGCCUUUAAAUGUUAAUAUUAGCAGUAAUGAUACAUUUUCAAACAUUGUCAUGUACAGGACAUGUUACAGGACAAGCCAUAUUUUCAGAAUGUGAUGUUUAAUUAAACAUUGGUGCCAGUCAAAAUAAAAUAUUUUAAUGUUCAUUUGAUGCAUGAAAUCUUAGAAUGAUUACUGUGCAGCAAAAUGUUUGGAAAUUGUCCAUUUGAUUAAAAAUGUAUGUUUCAGUUGUAAA